AUGCCCGGUGCUCCACGCUCAUGUGGUUGCCAGACGUGCAAAGAUCGCAAAAUAAAGAGACAGCCUGGUUCUGGCGAGCUGACGCUUCCAUCCUGGGAUGAGCAGUGUGAUGAGACUUGGCCCGAAUGUGGUAAUUGCGCGCGAAAAGGGGCACCAUGCCCAGGGCCAACUCAAUUGCUCAAAUUCAUCACGAACCAAGACCAUUCGACCCCGCAGAGUGUAAUACGGAGAGCUGGGUAUCUCCGGAAGAGUCAAAAUGCCGCCCAAGCUUCUAGUAUACAGCUCCAUCCCCAUUCAUCAGCCCAAAGUAUCUACAAACCCACUUUAAGAGGACCCAAUAUAGGCACCCUUCGCCCUGCUCUUGUCACGGUCGAUGACGGUGUUGCUGCUCGUCUGGUUGGCCAUUUGGGAAUCUCCGGAAAAGACCAGAUGAUUACCCAAACCGAAAUUCUCCGCCACCUUCCAAAGAGAAUGUCGGCAAACCAAAGUCUUCGUGACUCUGUUGAUCUUCUUUGCUCGGUCUGGUCAAGCCGUCGCUCAGGUAGAGCGGCAGAGGAAUUCAUAACCAUGCCGUUAUACGGGAAAGCAAUCCGUAGCCUCUCUCGGAUUUUAAAAACUGACCAGGCUUUCACCAUGGAAACUUUAGCAGCUAUUCUGAUUAUGCAGCGUGCAGAAGCUUUGUUCGACCCUGGACACCGCCCACUUAUCCAUUCCAAAGGAAUUGCAACCCUCCUCGCUCGCGUUGGUGCUCCCAAAAAAGGUGACAAGUUCCACGCCAGUGUCUUCGCCGAGACAUAUAGCGUUAUGAUACCAUAUUGGAUGAUGACGGGUUGGGAUGAUCUUCUCGAAAAGCCUCCGUGGAGAGACGCUGUCGUCAGAGGCUUGACUGAAUACACCGGAGUGCCGGAGCUCAAGCCAUAUUUGGAUACAGCCUUCGACAAGAACAACAGGAUAUGCGAGAAAGCGCCAGUGUUGAUACAAGGUAUCUUAGCCCUUUUUAAAGAUCCAGAGCACAAAGAGUUCCCUGCUACUUCGCCAUUUGUUCAGCAGAUGACAGAAGAGUUUCGCACAGCAGAGACUUCUGUAAGAGAGGCCGCAUAUGCCAUCUUUGACAAAGCAAUGAAGUUGGGGGCAAUAAUCGAGGAAGACAAGCCCACGCCUCUUACCAGUACAAGCUACAACUUCUCCUCAACCCACCUGGCUCAGUCACUGGUCUCGUAUCUCUCCUUUCACAUUUACAUAUUGCGUCUUCGUUAUCAGUGGAAUGCUUCAUUUCAACUUCCAGACGCUCCUGAUUUGUACAAAGUAUUCCAAGACGCCUGCAUCAGGAUAUGGAAAUUUGUUCCUUUUAUGCAGAAAGCUUGGUUGUUCCUCCUACGACAUCUACAAAGCUCUCUUGCAAUUAGCUUUGAGGCAGCAAACCAAGAAGAGAAGGACUAUAUUAUCAGUAUAUUCGAGAACUUGGAUAGCCAUGGCAAAAAGGAGUCCAGAACUCGUGAAGAGCUGAGAAGCCAGCUGGAGCAGCAGUCUUUAUUACUGCAGAUAGAGUGGCGGUAA